CAAAUCAAUUUUGCUGCCUGGAUGGUCGGUCCAUCUGAUGAGGCUUGACCGCAUAGGGAGCGUCCGGUCACCGUUAGUUAACUUCACGCAUCUACUCACUUCACAAACACACGUAUCUAUUCAAGUAUUCAAGAAACACACCCACUCCCUUACACACAGCACACGCACCAUAUAGUACUGCUCUUUUCCCGUGCCCUCCCUCCCUCCCGAAAAGCACAUAAAAUGUUGGACACGUAGGUUCGAGUAUGGGAAGAGGCUAUGUAAAACGGAAAAAGCCCGCAGAUGGUUCGGUUCGUCAGUAGUAGCAAACGUUGACGAACCACUGUCGCACAAAGAUGAUCUGGAAGUAGAUGGCCGUCAGCAAGUAGAUGGCCACCAUCAGAUAACCUGCACCACACACGCACACACAUGGAGAAUCGCGUGCCGUGACGACCGACAACACAACACAGGAGGACGUCACAGCUGCGUACCUGACAUCCAUUCGCUGUCCCCAGCCACGCCAAUCACGGCCAACAGGAACGUGAGGAAACCGCAAAAGAAGGUGGCGUUGCGACGAAAAUCACCUGGAGACAGGCACAGACAGGCAGACAGACAGAUGCACAGCCUGUCCCUGUGUUUGGUGUCGGUGGGUGGUUGAUGGUGUGUCGGCUGUGUGUUGUGUGUGACCUUCGCAGUGGUUGGAUUCGAGCAGUGCGACCACCUCGGCUAUGACGACGAUCCAGUAGACCAUGUGGAACACCUUGACCACCUGCUGCAGGAAACUAAACCAACUGUGGAACGACUCCUCACCGUCACUACCCUGCACACACACACACACACACACACGUGCACAGGCCAGUGGCCACUCGGCCUUUCGAUCUCUCGUGUGCUGUGUUGCCCCACCCGUCUGGACAGCAGGUGGGCGAUGGGGCUGUCCUGGUGCUCAAACGCCCUCUGGGCCACGUAGCUCUUCCCGCCCUCCAGCACGAAGGCGCUCCCCCGCUGCGAUGCCCCCAUGGUGUUCAUGGAAGCCGACAGGCGCUGGUUGGAGCCCCGGCGACCCAGCCCGAAUAUGGGUGAGAGGGAGGGCGUCGGGCUGGGGUGGUCCGUCGACACGCCCAGGGCGUCAUCGCAUGGACGGAAUGGAAAAGACCCACGGGUAUCGCGUGGGUCAGCCUUCACCAACCGCAGAACUGACACAGCAGGACAAUGGCUCGUGUAAAGGCGUGUGCUUCGGUGGUGUCGUCUUUGCACCAUUCUCACCUCUAGGGAUGAGGCCCUGCAGCUGCUUCAAUGAGUACUCGCCCGCAGGGAGAGCCAAAACCUGCAUGAGAAAUCACGCACCAACACAGAAUCUCAGUGCGAGGCGUGCGUCAUCUGCACAGCCGCGAGCACCCACGUCGCACCUGCGCCUCGCCAUGGUCCGACACGAAGUUGACCGUCGCCAUGCCGCCAUGCACCACCGUCGGGAGGCUGGCAGGGUCUUCUAUAUCAUCGGAACUCCACGCCCUAUCUCGCCCUUUGACCAUCCCCUCCACUGCACGCCGCCGCGAUGGGUCAUCCACGCCUGUGUCAUGCCCAUUCAUCAUGGCCUCGCCGUGCUCGUCAUCGCCUUCAUCGGCAGGCAGCCGCUGGAAACGGGACGAAGCCAUCCGUUCUCAAGGAGACUCACAGGGACUAAUAGCGCUCCCUGAUCAUCAGGAGAGAGCCGCAAACCGCUGAA